CGCCAUUGAUGGUGUUGUUUCGUGUCGCGUGUGUGUUUUUCAAGAGUUUUCCUGAAUUCGCAGUGUUUGCAGAGUGAAGAAAUGGCUCCAACAAUUCAGAAUGGAGCCAGUGGGUCUGACAAGCGCCCACAGAGACAACAAGAGAAGAAAUCGGAACUAAUUUGCCGCGUGAAAUACUCAAACAAUCUCCCGGAUAUUCCUUUUGACUUGAAAUUCAUCACUUAUCCCUUCGAGAAUGACCGCUUCAUUCAAUAUAAUCCCACAUCCUUGGAGCGGAACUACAAAUACGACGUCUUGACGGAGCAUGACCUCGGUGUCACCAUUGACUUGAUCAACAGAGAUCUCUAUCAGGCCGAUCCCUAUGCCCAGCUCGAUCCGGCGGAUGAGAAACUGCUGGAGGAGGAUGUCCACACGCCGCAGGACUCCAUGAGGUCGCGCCAGCAUGCGAAAAGUGUCUCCUGGCUGAGGAAGUCUGAGUACAUUUCCACCGAGCAGACUCGCUUCCAGCCGCAGAAUAUUGAGAAGGUCGAGGCGCAGGUGGGCUACAAUGUGAAGAAAAGUCUGCGCGAGGAGACGCUGUACAUGGACAGGAACACCCAGAUUAGGGCCAUUGAGAAGACCUUCCAGGACUCAAAGGCACCCAUCAUGAAGCACUACAGCAAGCCAAAUGUCACUGCCGUGGAAGUCUUCCCGCUCUUCCCGGACUUCAAGAACUGGAAGUAUCCAUGCGCCCAAGUCAUCUUUGACUCCGAUCCCGCGCCAGUGGGCAAGAAUGUGCCUGCUCAACUCGAGGAGAUGUCUCAGGCCAUGAUCAGAGGUGUGAUGGACGAGAGUGGCGAGCAGUUUGUGGCUUACUUCCUGCCCACAGAGCCGACGCUGGAGAAGAGGCGGAAGGACUUCGCCAGCGAGGUGCUCUAUGAGGAUGACGAGGAGUAUGAGUACAAGAUGGCCAGGGAGUAUAAUUGGAAUGUGAAGAGCAAGGCGUCCAAGGGAUACGAGGAGAAUUACUUCUUCAUCGUGCGCAGCGACGGUGUCUAUUACAAUGAGCUGGAGACGAGGGUGAGGCUUAGCAAGAGGCGACAGAAGAUUGGACAGGCGCCCAACAACACCAAGCUUGUGGUGAAACAUCGGCCGUUGAAUGCAUCGGAGCAUCGAAUGCAACGCUAUCGCGAGAGACAGCUCGAGCCUCAUGCGGAAGAGGAUGAGGAGGAGAUGGAGGAGCCUGCGCCGGAAGAGAUCAAGCCCUCCGAGGAGGAUACGAAGCGGAAGUCUCGCUCACGUUCCAGAUCACGAUCUGGCUCUCGGGCAAAGUCCUCUGAGAGUGAGGGUCACAGGAAGAGUGAGAAUAGCAGCCCGGAGAGACGUAGCCGCAAGAAUUCCUCGGGCAGCGAGAGAUCUGGCUCGAGAGCCUCGUCCAAGGGUUCAGCUUCGUCUCGCAGUCGCAGUCGAAGUGGCACAAGAUCGAGAUCAAGAUCAAGAUCAAGUGGAUCCGAGAGUGACCGGCAGAGUGUCCACUCGAAGGCCUCUUCCAGGCGCUCUCGCUCCAAGAGUGGCUCCAGAUCACGCUCUGCAUCGAAGUCCCGAUCUCGGAGUGGCAGUCGCAGUGGCUCUGGUGAGCGACAUUCUCGCUCCAAAUCUCGUUCCAAGUCUGGAUCUCGAUCGCGCAGCGGAUCGUCACGCUCGCGAUCAAAGUCAGGCAGCGGAAGUCGCUCACGAUCUGCCUCUGCGACUGGCAGUGAUUCCGAGUAAUUUGUAUAAUCAUGUAGUCCUUAAAAAAUGCUGAAAAUAAAUUUUUCCCCUCCUGAAAGUCGCAUGUUCGAAAGUG